AGUUUGUUUGUUUAGUGUUUGACUGACUUGUUCGUCGAUUCUGUCAGUACCAUGUCAGAGCUGUGUGACGAGGCGCAGGCAGAGCGGAGAGGUAAACAGAAGAAAAAGAAAAACUACCGGCAUGACACGGAGGAGGAAAAGCAGCAACAGGAGGAGCAAAGUGGAACUGUGUUGCUGCGAGGAAUCUUCAAAGUGGGAAAAAAGAGUCAUGAUGUCCUGCUCACUCAAACCAAACUGACCUGGAUCCCCAUCAUCCCAGAGACCCCUACAGGUGAGGUAAGCAUGCUGCAGGCAGGCAUGCUGCUGCUGCAGGAUGUGUUUGCAGUAAAGGUGAAGCGGCGACGAGGGGCAGGUCAGCAGUCAGGUGGAGCUGUGCUUGGCCUGGCUCUCUUCUGCUGCAGGAGGAGGGAGAGGAGGCUGGAGGAGGACACACUGCACCUCCACAAUGCCUCUUUGGAGCACACACACACAUGGUAUAACAAGAUGAAAGAUCUGCUUACAGGGUUUAGCAGUCGUCCAAGGUACCUGAAGGUGUUCAUCAACCCCAGCAGCCACAAGAAGGAGGCCAUUCAUAUCUACAGGGAACACGUGGCUCCUCUUUUUAAGAAAGCUGAAAUUCGCACCGACAUCACUGUGACUGAGAGGAAGGGUCAUUCUCUCUCAGUGUUGAAGGAAUGCAAACUUGAUGAAUAUGAUGGGGUGGUAUGUGUUGCUGGGGAUGGAUCAGUGGCUGAGCUGUGUCACGCUUUGGUUCUCAGAGCCCAGUUGGAUGCAAAUUCUCCUGAAGAACCUGUGAAAGCCAUGCUGCCAAUGGGAAUCAUUCCUGCUGGUUCUACAGAUGUGGUUUCCUGUUCUGUUCAUGGAGUGCGAGAUCCAGUUACAGCAGCCUUUCAUAUUAUUCUGGGUCAUCUGCAGCAGGUGGACAUGUGCAGCUUCUCGUCUUACGGUGAGUUAGUGCGUUUUGGCUUCUCUGCCAUGUUUGGUUUUGGUGGGCGGAGCUUAGCAUGUGCAGAGAAGAAAAGAUGGAUGCCAUCGUCACAGAGACGGGAAUACGCUCUGGUGAAGACACUAGCCAGACUUAGACCAGAAGACUGUCAGCUGUCUUUUUUACCUGCAAUAAAACCAAAUCUAAGUUUGUCUGGACAUCGGUGAGAAACACAUCAAGAUAAAAAAAAGGAUCCCAAGUCAGAGGGGGAGGAAAACUGGACAACCAAUCAUGGCCUGUAUUUGAAUAUCAGUGUCAUGUGCAUCCCCUGUCUGAGCCCCCAUGCACCCCGAGGCCUGGCACCAAACACCAGUUUGGCCAAUGGCAGUGCGUUGCUGGUCGCAGUAGGGAAUACAUCCAGGUCAGAGUUCGUCAAACACCUCAAGAGAUACAGCAGCUCCAGUGGGCAGUUUAACUUCCCCUUUGUGGAGACGCACUCCGUCUCAGCAGUAAAAGUUUGCCCCUUCUCACUGGUUGACUGUUCUGAGGAAGAGCGUGAAGAAAAGAGAGACGCCAAAGAUACGCCCAUCAUCAGAUCAGAGGGCAUGACCUUCCCCUGGAACAUUGAUGGAGAGCUAGUGGAGAUCGCAAGUGAAGUGCUCAUCAGAGUUCAUUCUAGACUCAUCACUCUGUACGGAGAGGAAGUAGACGAGGCUGAGAUGACUCCCUCCUGCAACUGCUUCUGA